AUGUCUGCGGCUCAUCGUCCGGAUUUUGAGGCAUUGAUUAAAGAGGGAAGUCAGCUGCAAACAAAGGGCACAAAGUACAGGGAAGCGUAUCUAUGGCCAUAUCUCAACGUGGAAGAUUUGGUUAGAGGGAAAACCUUUCUCCUUUUGAUCAACUCUAGAGGCCGUCAUCCACCUCAUGUCUUCGCACACACAGAUUUUCAAGCCACGCAGCUCGGCCGUGUUAGUGCUGCUACUAUGCCUGCUUUUCUUAAUCUUCAUACUAUGUUGCUUGAGGGAGAAACAGUCAAAACUUACGGCCGUCUUAUUUCUUGGGAUGAAGAUGAAGAUGCUAUGAUGGACACAUUCGCUGGCCUUGCACACCUACCGGGAUCGGGACUUAUGAUCUUGGAAAUACAACAAAGACUACUGCAUCUGCUGGUGAAGUGCUGUGAGGCACUGCUUCACGACAUUGAUUCUGAUUCCUUGAUCAGCGAAGCAUCGAUCAAGCCAGAACCGCCUCUACUCACAGAUGGUUCGGACUGGUCGACCAUUGCAGCCGUAGCUGCAGAAGCACCCUAUCGCCUACCUUCAAAACUCGAUUUCCAUCGUCUGCAGGUCAUCAUCCCUGGCUAUUUUGCCGAAGUUCUGGGAGACUGGAGCGAACAUAGACAGGAAAAAUUGCUCGACACCUUUGGAAAUCGACAUCCUACGCUUGAUAGACCACUUUUCUGGGAAUAUGUCAUUGGAAACGUCGUCUCCGAUGCGUAUGGUGCUUUGAUCGUAUGGGAGAACGUCGCUCAACAACUUAAGCACUUGGCCUUUCUGCAGAAGAAGUAUGCGUCUAAAAUUACACCGAAGAAGCAAUUACCAUCAGAAUACAUGAAGGCAUUGUUGACGUUGAGAUAUACGCUAAACCAGAUGGCGAAAGGCCCAAUACGAAAUUUGAAGAUGGCAGUCCCAGCAUCUCCACCAUAUCGUUCAAAAUUCGUUCGCGACCCGCAAGUACCAGGUUCUACAAUGAUCCAAGUUCGGAGUAAAGGAGAACAGGAUGAGAUGAUGUGGCUUUUCAACAGUCUCUGGAAUGACCAGCAGCUUUUCCUCAUGACCCUACCUACUCUGGUAGAUGAAAUUGAAAGUAGGAUUGAACGUGAUCCAAACGAGAAAGCAAAAUUUUCGGCUUUGGUUACACGAAUCUUUUCUGAUCUUGGUCUCAUCUCGCGGAUCUAUCAUGAACUGGAUAUAUAUCUGCCAUGGGCUGCUGGUUACGAUAAUGCGCUGGUAGAGCAUAAAGAUCAGAUUGAGAAGGAGUUUCCUAAGCAGCUCAGUUUACUUGCCAGCGUGGAUCGCCAUCUCAAAGCUACCGGCUUAGCUAAAUUCGGAUCUCCAGCCGAGGGACGCUUCCAUUACCCAUCGGAUAAACGAAGAAACAAACAGAAUACAGAGAGCAUGAGGAAAGCUGAACAUAACUUGGACGAGUUUUGGCAGAAAAUGGACGAGGUCUACCAAAGAAACACUGGUCAAACAUUAACUCAGGCUGUCGAGCAUAUCUGUACUGCCGUGCGUCCGCUCGAACGGACACCUGAAUGGGUCGAGCCAAUGAAGGUACCAAAACCCAAGCCUCAGGAUAGCAAUGGUCGCGAUGAAGUUAUUUCAAUACCACAAUUUGAUUCCGAAGAUACUACCAAAUUUAUUGCUCCACAACCAAAGUCCAAGCCCAAAACUCGCGGUCCAGCGAUUACUACCGAAUCUUCGACUACAUUAGCUGCAGCUCCAGCAACAGCUUCAACUCUAACUCCGGGCUCUCAAUCAACAUUCAAACUCAAAGCCCGAGCAAUCAAAGUCUUUAAAGUUCUCUUCUGGCAACCAUCUCUCAAUGAUCUCCCGGGCGAAAUCCCCUGGGCAGAUUUCCUCUACGCAAUGACAUCUACGGGCUUCGCGGCCGAAAAACAAUACGGCUCGGUGUGGCAGUUUACGCCGACGAAAUUGGAUGUUGAGCGGAGUAUUCAGUUUCAUGAACCGCAUCCUUCGGGGAAAAUUGCGUUUCGCACGGCUAGGAGGAUGGGGAGACGUUUGGGUAGGUCGUAUGGUUGGGAGGGGGGCAUGUUUGUUCUCGAGUAG